GUGAAGGUGAAGGGUAGAGCCAUGUGUCCCCAUGGCAGGGGUCAAGUUCCAGGCCUCUGCUGAUACUCUUUCCUCAUGUGGCUUUACCAUGCUGGCCCUGAGAUAUGAAACAUGUUUUGUCUCUCUUUGUGGCUGCUAUUUUUGCCUGGGCAUUCACUCUCAUCUUGAACCCUCCCCCCUCCCCCCCUUGGGCCACAGCACCCCCAAGCAGGCGGACAUGUGUGUUCUUUGAGGCCCCCGGAGUGCGGGGAAGCACAAAGACACUGGGGAAGCUGCUAGAUGCAGGACCAGGGCCCCCCAGGGUUAUCCGCUGCCUCUACAGUCGCUGCUGCUUUGGGAUCUGGAACCUGACCCAGGACCUGGCACAGGUGGAGAUGCAAGGAUGCCGAGACAGUGAUGAGCCAGGCUGUGAGUCCCCCCGGUGUGACCCAAGCCCCCGAGCUCAGCCUAGCUCUAGCUCCACUCUCUUCACCUGCUCCUGUGGCACUGACUUCUGCAAUGCCAAUUAUAGCCGUCUACCUCCUCUGGGGAGCCCUGGGACUCCUGGCUUCCAAGGUCCCCAGGCCAUCUCAGGCGAGUCCAUCUGGAUGGUGCUGGUGCUGCUGGGGCUCUUUCUCCUCCUGCUGCUGCUGGGCAACAUCAUCUUGGCCCUGCUACAGGGAAAGGCCUACAGAGUGAGAGGUGGGCUAGAGCCAGAGCCAGAGCCAGACUCAGGCAGAGACUGGAGUGCAGAGCUGCCUGAGCUACCUGAGCUGUGCUUCUCCCAGGUAAUCCGGGAAGGAGGUCACGCAGUGGUGUGGGCUGGGCAGCUGCAAGGCGAACUAGUAGCCAUCAAGGCCUUCCCCCUGAGGGCUGUGGCCCAGUUUCGAGCUGAGAGAGCGUUGUAUGAGCUGCCAGGCCUACGGCAUGACCACAUUGUCCGCUUUAUCACUGCCAGCAAGGGGGGCCCUGGCCCCCUGCACUGUGGGCCUUUGCUGGUAUUGGAGCUUCACCCCAAGGGUUCCCUGUGCCACUACUUGACCCAGAACACCAGUGACUGGGGAAGUUCCCUGCGGAUGGCACUGUCCCUGGCACAGGGCCUGGCAUUUCUCCACGAGGAGCGCUGGCAGGAUGGCCAAUAUAAACCCGGUAUUGCCCACCGAGAUCUGAGCAGCCAAAAUGUGCUCAUUCGGGAAGAUGGGUCAUGUGCCAUUGGAGACCUGGGCCUUGCCUUGGUGCUACCUGGCCUCACUCAGCCCUCAACCUGGGCCCCUGCUCAACCCCAAGGUCCAGCUGCCAUCAUGGAGGCUGGCACCCAGAGGUACAUGGCCCCGGAGCUCUUGGACAAGACUCUGGAUCUACAGGACUGGGGCACAGCCCUCCGACGAGCUGAUAUUUAUUCUCUAGCUCUACUCCUAUGGGAGAUCCUGAGCCGCUGCCCAGAUGUGUGGCCUGACAGCAGACCACCACCCUUCCAACUGGCCUAUGAGGCAGAACUGGGUAGCACCCCAACUACCUGUGAGCUGUGGACCUUGGCAGUGGAGGAGAGAAGACGUCCCUACAUCCCACCCACCUGGUGCUGCUUUGCCACAGGCUCAGGUUCCUUAUUUGCCAAAUAACCGGUUGAGGGCCUUCUUGUCCAACCCCAGAAGAACAGUGGGGGGGGGGCCCUGACUUCACUGCAACAGGAUUGCUUCCUGCUCAGUGACCAGCUAGCUCUGUGUCCACGGGCAAGUUAAGUAACCUUGGAAAUCUCAGUUUUAUCAUGUGUAAUGUAUGGAUAAAAACACUGACCCUGCUUGCAGGGUCAAUUCAAGGUAAAAAAACAAAGGUGACAGGUCAUACACAGUAGCUGGUAGCAGUUGUGAUUGAACACUGAGAUGAUCUCUGGCCCCCUUUCUAGCUCAGUUGUUCUAGAGUUCCAGGAUUAGCCCUUGGAGAGCCUAUGAGAUUUCACCUUCCUUCUGACUCAGCUCUCUAAUUCUCUGACAUCAUCACUUGGGUAGGAAGCCACCACCUGAAACUAAACACAUCAAAAUCCAAGCUCCUGCCUACCCCUCACCAACAGGUCUGCCUUCUCUUCUUCCCUGACUCUCAAGGACACCAAGUUUCUCUUGGUCCCAGAAGAUCCCAAUAAGGAAACUGUUUUUGUCUCCUCCUGUGGGCCCAGCUCCUCCCACCCAUAUCCAGUCAGUUCUUAAGUGCCCCUGAGGUUGUGUGGGCAGGGCUUGCUUCUGGGCACCAACCCCCUUUCCUUCCUUCUGGGUCUGGCAGUCUCAACUGCUGAAAUUGCCUCCUGGCUGCCUAUUUUUUCCCCAAUCUAGAUUAAACGCCACUCUCUAAAUAAUCUUAAACAUAACUUUGCAUUGUGUUUUGCCUCUGUGCAAUAGCCUAUUUGCCUGUUUCAUGACAAUCUUGUGAGUGGCAUUUACAGAGGAGGAAACCAAGGGCUCAGAGAAAUUUAGGAAUGUGUCUAAGGUCACAGAUCUUAAGUAACACAGCAGGGAUUUUCAUAAUUAAAAAUGAUGUUUAUGAAAAUGCCAUAAAUUAUUAGAGAUGGACAAUGUCACAUGAAAAAAAAAAAAAAAUCUGUAGCCCUGACUGGUGUGGCCCAGUACAUUGAGC